CACAUGGGCACAAGAAUACCACUACUUCAAACAGUGGUGUGUGUUUCUGACUGUGGCUUUGUCAUUCAGGCUGUGGCCCCGCCCCGCCGGUCUUACGUCAUGAAAGCACACCUGCGCUGAAGUUGUGGAAAGGAGCACACGCGACGCCUGUCAAAGCAUUUAGCCUCACGUUUUGAAACGAGUCUCUUGAAGUCUGCGGGGUUUUUCAUCUCCAAAGCAUGACCACGUUCCUGGUGUGUCUGGUUUUGGUAUCGAUCUGGCCCCUCUCGCCCACGGGGGCAUUUCCACGGAUUGGCACUGACUUGGGAGGCAGCAGGACAAGGCGGGAUGUCACCUGCAGAGACGGCCUGGAGUACCCGAACGGCAACAUCUGCUGUCUAAACUGCCCAGCUGGUACCCAUAUGAAAUCGCCCUGCACCAUCGCAGGAGAGAAGGGGAAGUGUGAGGAAUGCGAUUAUGGGACAUACACUGAGCACGCCAAUGGACUGGAGCACUGUUUCAAGUGCACACUGUGUCACUCGGAUCAGGAAAUUGUAAAGCCAUGUACUCCGAGUCAAGAUACUGAAUGUCAGUGCAAACCGGGAGGAUUUUGUGCUCCUGACCAAGCGUGUGAGGUGUGCAAGAAGUGUUCAAGGUGUGGAAAAGAUGAAGUGAUAGGGAGAAAUUGCACCCCCACUACCAACACGGAGUGCAAGAAAAUCCAACCCAGCUCCGGCUCUACCUCAGCAAAUACCUGGGUGAUUGUGACACUGUCACUGUUAGCUGCUGGGGCAAUUGUGGUGGUAAUGGCCGUGUGCGUGUGCCGACGUCAUAGAGCAACAGAUUCUCAGAGAAAUCUACCUGAUGGUCCAAAAGCUGGACAGCAGUACAGUGACAACUGUCCCACUGAGGAAAAAAAGAACGGAGAAACCCGAAGCCUGAGCAGCUUGAAUCAGACCCGGCCGCUGGUGAGAGCCAAGUCCUCUGUCGGCAUGGAGGAAGAGCGUAAAGUGCUGUGUGAAAGCCUCAGCAGCUCAGCCAGUAACUCCCAGCACAGUCUAACUGGCUUACUCUCCCACCCCGCACCUCCCCGCAAAGCCUGUCCUAUGGUCCCCAGACAGCCCAACAGGAGGGAGGACGAACAAUUCCCCAGUCUUGUUCCUGUAAAUGGAGUAGAGUCUUUGAGGAAAUGCUUUGGGUAUUUUGAAGAAGUAGAUGUCAACUACCAUAAGAGAUUCUUCCGUCAUCUUGGUAUUAUGGACAAUGUGAUCAAAAGCAAAGAGGACCUUCCUUAUGAAGACAGGAUCCAUGAGUUGCUGAAUAUCUGGGUGGAGAAAGAGGGAAGAGAAGCCAGCUUAAAUGACCUGCUCAAAGCCUUACUUGCUUUGAAUCAAAGGCGAACAGCCGAGACUGUCAAGGAGAAUGCUAUUCACAGUGGUCAGUACUUCUGUGAGUGUUAAAGAGAGGUAAUAUGUUUUAAAAAAAACUGAUAACCUCAUGACUGAGAAUGCAUGAGAACUAUAGUCUCAUCACUUUGUGGUCCUUAAUGGAGUAAGCUUGUGUCAACGAUCAAGCUUAUCUUUAUUCUCCCCGAAGGGCAAUUUGUUGUACAGUAUCAUCUAAUUCUGGUCAGAUUAGCAACAAGGCUACUGCCUAUAGUGGUGUUUGGCUUGAGUAGUAAAUCUCUUGCACAAAACAAAAAGAAAGUGAAAGCGUGAGUAUUAAUAAUCAUGAAUAUCAUGGUGUCCUUGUUGCUUCUUGCAAGCUUCAUCUCGCCCAAGACUGAUUGGCUUCAGCCUUGUCCAAGACUGGUUGGAGUAGCACUGCACAAGGCUACCACGGCCCAUAGUGGUCUUUGGUCCCGGCCGGUACGCUUAAAGUGCCUUUUUUUUAUGUAAGGCCAUGUUACUGUACUGUGCAGCUCUGAUGGGAAAUGCAGGGUCUUGUUUAGUCGAACCUGCUUGAUCUCACACACACACACACACACACACACUCUAAAACCAGAGUGACUGAAAGUGAUUUAGCUGCUAAAUUCUCUACAUGGAGUAUUUUUUUAAAAAGUGCUCGCUGUCUUGCAUUUCACAUGUACAGAUUGUGCUUUACUUGUAUUUUGACUUAAAGGAAAAAUGGUCACACUGAUAUAGCAUUGUAACAUGUAAAGCACUGAACAAAAUGCCUUAUGAUCAAUGAGAUUGUACAAGUAUAUUAAUUUAUUAUGGUAGAGAACAGUUUUUAUUUAAUAUGAUGAUCUCUGCCUCACUAUAGUACUUGUUAGCUGACAAUGUCUGGUCAGCACCUGAUCAAAAUGAAGUCAUGUUUUGUUAUCACCGGUUAGUGUUGUGUUUCUGGCCUGUUGUUACACUUCUGUCAUAACCAUCAUCACAUCAGUGACAUUUUGGAGGUUUUACAACACAGUUUAUACUGGCGGCCACUGCAACAUUGUAGUACUAAGUGCCUUGUCUGCCUUAUUGAGAUGUUAAUCACAAUGUUACAACUGAAUGGCUUCUUUCAUGUGUUUACAUUUUUUUUGUCUGUUGCUUUCUCUCUCGCUUUUAGGUUUUGUAGUAUUGUCAAUCUAUUUUUUGAUUUUUUUUAUUGUAUUUAUUUUUGUUUGGUAGUGUUCAGUUGUCACAGCAAUCCAUCAAAUAGUUGUUGAAACAUUUCUGUCUGGACCAAGCUGGUGAACUGACUGACACUGCCAUCCCUGGAGCCAUACCCCGGCCCUUGUGUGGGCAAAAAGCUAGAGAACUACUAAAUGUUCGUAGUUCUUAAACUGAGGUCGUGUGUUCUCUACAGGACAUGUUGGGCAACACUUAAUCUUUCCAGAAACAAGUCUCUACAGUGUAAGUCAUUUAAGCCAUGCAGUCAUUGACACAUUGUUCAUACUGAUGUUUGCAAGGGAAAAAAUCUAAUUUAUACCUGAAUUAAUUUAUAAACAUUAGUUUUCUGCUUACUUAUUUUGCCACUACUGUGAUUGAGAAUUGUAUAUACUAGGUUGAUAAUGUAUUAAGCAUUUGCUAUGUUUUCAAAUAAAAUAAGUAACUCAUUUUGA